AGUUCUGAGCCGCAGUUUGGAAGGGGUGAGGGUUUGGUUGCCUGUACGUCCGUCAGGGCUGCGGCGCGCGCGCCCCUCCGAGCUCGGGCCACCGCGCACCAAGGUCAUGGCCACCCAGGAGCUUGCCCUGAAGCUGCAGCGGCGGCUGAGGCUGGAGCAGGAGUCCGAGGCUGGCCAGAGGCCGCAGCAGAACGGCCUCGACGGGGAGAACUGCGGGUUGCGGACGGAGCCCGCGCGGGACGGGAGCCGAAGCCGAAGCCGCAGCCGGAGUUGGGGCCGGGGCCGGGGCCGGGGCCUCCCGGCCUCCGGGGAAGAGCCGCCGGCCAAGGAACUCACGGCCAACGCCGACUCGGAGCUGAAGGCUCAGCUGAACCGGCGCCAGAGCAUCCACGAGGGCACGGCGCGGCCCCGGCCCACCAAGGUGUUCAAACCUUUCACCGAGUUCCCAGAGUUCAGCCGCCGGCAGAUCAAGGACAUGGAGAGCCUCUUCAGACGGUAUGACUCUGGCAAGGAUGGCUACAUCGACCUGAUGGAACUGAAGCUAAUGAUGGAGAAGCUGGGAGCCCCCCAGACCCACCUGGGCCUCAAGAACAUGAUCAAGGAGGUGGAUGAGGACCUGGACAGCAAGCUCAGCUUCCGGGAGUUUUUGCUGAUUUUCCGGAAGGCAGCCUCAGGGGAACUGGAGGAGGACAGUGGCUUGAUGUCUCUGGCAAAGCUGUCAGAGAUCAACGUGGCCAUUGAAGGAGUGAAAGGGGCCAAGAACUUCUUCGAGGCCAAGGUCCACGCCCUGGCCCUGACCAGCAGAUUUGAGGCUGAGAUCAAGGCAGAGCAGAUGGCCCGAAAGCAGGAGGAGGAGGAGCGGAGACAGCGGAGGGCUCUCUUCAGAGAGCGCCAAGCGACCUUCUCCCAGUAACCCCCGCCAGGCCAAGUGGUGCCGGAGGGUGCUCAGAGACUUGCCUUGAUGUCCACCAGCUGUGCCUUACGAGUUGGCCUGGGAGCAAUGCCUCGUACCUUGUCCCCCAAGGAGGACCCAUCUCUUUGAAUGUCCAGCAUCUUUGUCAUCCCCAGCUAUGAUGACCUUCUUCUUAAAUUUCCCGUGUUUCGUGCCCAAGGUCACCCUAAGACCUGGGGAGACAGAGCAGGGAAGGUCAAAGUCGAGAUGGGAGAUUAAUGUUACAAAAAGAGGGGAAAUAGCCCCUUUCUUACCUGCCCACUGUUCCCCUACCCAUAAGUUUCCAGGAUUUGCCAUUUUAUUUGUGGCUUUUACUUUCCCUCUGUCCCCUUCCUUUUAGCCAGGCCUUUCAAGGAGGAAAUAAUGUGGUCAUUUGGCCAAAGAAAGGCAUUCCCCUGUGUUCCGUUCCUGUGUUCAGGCUGAUAGCCUUGCACUCACCGGAGGUAUGUGCUGUUGGCUUUGUUAUAGAUUCUUCCAUCCUUCUUCCAUCACUCCCAAAGACAAGGCUAUUCAUCCGUCCUUCCCCCCUUCACCCAGGGUUUGGGAAGCAGGGGCAGGGGAGGCUCCAAGAGGUGUGGAGUCACCACCAAAAAGCCCAUGGUGUUGGCGGGCUGCAGUUCUAAAAGCCCCUCUCGUAGUCUGCCACUCCACUUGGACAGGUGGUUUUAAAUGGAUGGAAAGAAGCUGCCUGUCCCGGGGACCCUUUUCCACAACACUCUUUACCUCCACGGGGCAACAUUUUGUCUGCCCAUUUGGAUCCAAGGCUUCAUGCAGGGUGCCUGAAUCUAAGCAGCACGCCUGGUCAUGGUUCUGUAACCUGUAAUGUACAGACAGGUGGGUCUGGCCCACCCUCCAUGGCAGGUGGCCAUUCCAAGACCUUUGUGCCCCAACUUCUGGGAGUACUGAGACUUCAUAAUUGUUUCUUGUUUUCUCCUUUCUAAUAGUUCAUGGUGGGGGGGGGGGCAACCCUUUUUUCACCCUCAAGAGUUUUUCCCUUUUGGCUUUAUCAAAAAAAAAAUCAUAUGCUGUUAAAACUGGGCAUGGAAGAGUAAUUAAAAGAAAGGAAUUUGAGAUAGAUUGCCGAAUGACAAGAGUACUGGAAGCUCUUUAUCAGUAAAAACAGAAUAUUUCUAAGGUCACUGUUAGUAACUUGAUAUUUAUUAAGAUCCCGAGGGUUUUUAGAUUUCUCUUUUGUAACUAUUCUUUUUCCAAGAAGUCAGUGUUUUUCAGCCUUCUUAGUUUUUCUUGCCAAAUGAACUAUGCAAAUAAAAUGUAUUAUCUCACUGGCUUGCUUCUACUCGUGGAAUGGCUGGGAGAGAGGAAGGUCGGAAGAACGAAUGGGUCAUAUUUGGUGAACUGUUCAGAUGUAUUCAGUCCCAGGGCCGCGACUGGGUGGGCACCACCGGUUCUCUGAAAUAUGGGAGGCAGGAAUAGGCUGAUAGCCUUAGAGCCAGAAGCGACAACUCCCCCAUUUUUUACAGAUGAGAAAACUGAGGCCCUGAGAGGGGAAAGGACUUGUCCAAUGUCAUGCAGACAGUAAGUGG